UCAACAUGGCGGCCCCUGGCAGGCGAGAAGUGCUGAGAUUCAUAUCUCAGUUCGGCUCCUUCAUUCUGACCCGGUUCGGGUUCUGGAACUGUUUCAGCAUGCUGAUGCUUUUCGCCGAGAGAGCCGAUGUGAAAAGAAAGCCGGAUAUCCAGGUGCCUUACCUGUACAUCGACAUGGGCGUGGCGGUGUUGUGUGCCAGCUUCAUGUCUUUCGGGGUGAAGAGGAGGUGGUUCGCCCUGGCUGCCGCUAUUCAGCUGGCCCUCAGCACCUACGUGUCCUACGUGGGCGGCCUCGUCCACUAUGGGGACUGGUUAAAGGUGCGCAUGUAUUCCAGGACCAUGGCCAUCAUUGGUGGCUUCCUGAUUCUGGCCAGUGGGGCGGGGGAGGUGUACCGCCAGAAGCCUCGCACGCGCUCACUGCAGUCCACCGGACAGGUCUUCCUGGGCAUAUACCUCAUCUGCAUGGUGUACUCGUUGCAGCACAGCGCGGAGGACCGCGAGGCCUUCCUGGAGCACAUCGCGGGCGGCGAGGUGACGGUGCAGCUGCUGGUGGUGCUGCUGGGCGUGCUGGCGCUGGCCUUCCUGUCGGGCUGCUACGUGCGGCGGGCCGCCCAGUGCCUGGCCAUUCUACUGCCCCCGCUGGUGCUGGUGGUGGACGGCAACCUGGGCUAUUGGCACCGGGCCCGCCACGUGGAGUUCUGGAACCAGAUGAAGCUCAUCGGGCAGCACGUGGCCAUCUUUGGCACCGCGCUCAUACUGGCUACGGACGGAUGAGGAGG